GGAGGAACUUUGAUUACAAAAAAACAUGUACUCACCGCCGCUCACUGUGUCGAAUCUUUUAGUCCAAAAGACCUCACUGUUACCAUUGGUGAGCAUGAUAGGAAAACUGAUACCGGUCGUAAGUCGGUUCAUCAUGUGCUCAGAAUUCACAGGCAUCAAGACUUCCGUUUGAGUACAUUUGACAAUGACAUAGCUAUUCUUGAGCUUCGCGAACCCGCUCCUCUAGAAAGUCCUUGGGUCAGACUUGCUUGCUUACCAACGUCUUCUGAUAUUUCAUACGAAGGAUCUAAAGGCACAGUGAUCGGCUGGGGAAGACUGGGAGAACGUAAAAAAUCAUCCAACAUUCUACAAAAGGUCGAAGUUCCAAUAAUAUCUAACGAAGACUGUAAGGGAAUGGGAUAUGCACCCGAAAAAAUUACCGGCAAUAUGAUUUGUGCAGGAUUCAAAGAAGGCCAACAAGAUGCCUGUCAGGUAUAAAUUCAUUACAUUGUU